UAAAAGCUCACUAUUGAAAUUAAUACGGAAAUAUCUAGUGUGGUUAAUAGCAGAAGUGUAUUAGCUGAUUCAGUUAAGUGUGAAUUUCCGCCAAUUUAUUGGACUGACUGAGGAGGUGGUCCGGGUGAAAAAAGAUUGAAGAUAGAGCUACAAUGCACCAUAUGGCGAUGGAAGCGCCGAAAGCCUCAAUAUUGUAUUGAAGACGGAACGUGCAAGGAACAGACGCUGGAAGUAUCCCAAAAAUGUUCAUCUAACGGCGGCCGAAGUGACAAAAAAGUUACGCAAGCAACACGACAAUCAUCAUCUGCUGGCAAUUGUUGCAACACAAGAUUUCGUGAAAAAUUCUCGAAACAUGGCAUCCAAUAGAAAUUACUGAACUCCAGCCGCUUUAUCCGUCAGUAAAUAUAGCCGACAAUUUGUAUUGAGAACUAUUCAUCCUGAGAUUAUGCGGCAUCAGCGGUAAUCCGACGAGAUACUGCGAAAUCUCAUCGAAUUACGUAUAUUAAACCUGAAAAAGCGGAAUCAUCGAGUGAAAGAGUGGACAAAGAAUGCACAGAGAACCACUGGAUCACGAUGAUGGGAACAAAGGACAUAUUUAAUCACAUAGGAAUUUUUCAUAAAGCUUCAUUGAACCGUAGUUUAGUGAAAAUUCUCUCAAUUCUAUCCAUCGUGAUUUUGUCAUCUGCUGGUUAUGCCAGAGCAUUUGAGCCGGACUUUGUGUUCCCAUUGGAAAACGUGACAGUGGCAGCGGGUCGAGAUGCGACAUUCACAUGUGUUGUCAACAAUUUAGGUGGUUAUAGGGUGAGUGGGGACUCGACACAAGCGAGGGUCGCGUGGAUUAAAGCCGACGCAAAAGCCAUAUUAGCAAUUCAUGAGCAUGUAAUCACAAAUAAUGAUCGUCUCAGUGUGACACAUAACGACUUCAACACAUGGACUCUCGUGAUCCGCAAUGUUAAGAUGGAGGAUCGGGGUCAAUACAUGUGUCAGGUCAACACAGAUCCAAUGAAAAUGCAGACUGCAUUUCUGGAAGUGGUCAUACCACCAGAUAUCAUAUAUGAGGAGACUUCUGGCGAUAUGAUGGUGCCUGAGGGUGGCUCAGCGAAAUUAGUAUGCAAAGCGCGUGGCUACCCAAAACCGAAAAUUGUCUGGAGGCGAGAGGAUGGUCGAGAAAUCAUUGCCCGGAAUGCACCACAUGGGAAAACAAAAUCUCUAGCCGUCGAAGGGGAGACACUGUGGCUGUCCAAGCUCACGAGGUCCGAGAUGGGAGCCUACCUGUGCAUAGCAUCAAACGGUGUUCCUCCGUCUGUGAGCAAAAGGAUGAAGCUGCAAGUUCACUUUCAUCCGCUCAUUCAAGUUCCGAAUCAGCUUGUUGGCGCGCCGUAUGCUACAGAUGUCACACUAAUUUGUAACGUGGAGGCGUCCCCAAAAGCCAUAAACUAUUGGCAGCGCGAAAAUGGAGAAAUGAUCAUAACUAAUGACCGAUACGCAAUGACCGAGACAGAAAAUUCAAUGUAUGCCGUUCAAAUGGUAUUGGUGAUCAGGAAGCUGCAGAAGUCAGAUUUUGGAGGGUUCAAGUGUAUAUCAAAAAAUAGUAUCGGAGAUGCGGAGGGUACAAUUAGACUAUAUCAAAUGGAGCCACCGAAGUCAACAAAAAAUCAACAUAGACAGAAUGAUGAUGAUGAUAACGCUGGAAGUUCCGAAAAUAAUUUAUCAACGAACGACGACCUGCACGAGAAUGGGAACAUCAUCAACAAAAACGGACGCCUCUACAAAGGUCUGCAGUCCGGUGAACCCGAUGAAAUGAAUAGCAGUGCAAAUAAUGGUAGACUUGCCGCGAACCAUUUCAUCAUUCUGCUCUUCGUGCUCUUCCAAACUGUACAUUUGGUGAGUGUGGCUUCUGCCAGCAUCCGGAGAUAUCCAUUUUCGCUGCUCUCAUAGUAAUUGAAAAUUUUCCAACUCAAUUGAAAGGAGUGGAUAGACAGUGUAGACCAAGAAAAUACAACUUUUCUAUUAAGGCAAAAUGUAAUAAACCUUCCCCAUGCAACUUGACAAGGAAAUUAACUAUUGCGACCUUUCGACUCCUCACUUUCACGACUUUCACCUUUGAGUAUACCCUUUUUCACACAUUUACAUUCAGUCUCUUUCCUCAAUGACGUAAAACCGUAUUUAUUUUAUAUCUUGAAUUCUGCGCUGCGCUCUGUUGACAGUACCACAAUACCAUUAUAUAUAGAAUGUAUAUUGGCAUUUCGUCGUGUCAAGAAUUAGAGGAAAAUUUGUAAAUAGGAAUUUCUAAAGAGAAACGGUAGAAAAAGAAGUAAGGAAAAUUUAUACAGAAAUUGAAAAAAAUUGAAAACCACGAGACUCAUAUUCCAUUCAAUAUAAUAAUAUUAUGUAAUGAGAGAGAAUGAGUGGAUAUUAAUGUAAAGCCAUAUUAGUAUUUAAAUGAUUAUGAGGUAAUUACCAACAUUAACAAAUUAUAAAUGUUUAAUUGAAUGUUAAUUACUAUGCAUUUCGUUUAUAUAAUUUGCAGUAACGAGAGUAAUGAUAUACUCUAGCAAAUGUUAAUGAUAGCACAAGGAUUGCGAUACAUUUAAAAAUUCCAAACAUGCUACUAGUUGACAGUGAUUUUUUCCCAUUUUCUGCAUUUCAUUUUCAGCGACCUAAAAUGCACUCAAAGAAAAUUUGGCUAUUUAUAAAAAUAUACCGAAAACGGCAGUCAUUCUAUGAUGAGAAAGAUAAAAGUAAUAAUUUCAAAUAAUCCUAGAGAGAAGAACAAAAUCAAUAGAACAGAGAAUGAAAAUGUAGGAAAUAAUUCGAAUUUUUCCCAAAUAAAUUUCUUUGGGUGUAUUUAGUAAUUUUGCCCCUCCUUCUAGAGCCCUUUGACUAGCUUCACCCUAUUUCUCACUCACUUUCACAUUCACCUCAGCCUAUUCACCCACCCAUUCUUCGCUCUUCACGCCAUUAAUCAUUUCAAUCAAUCCAGACAGACAUGACGAUGAUGACGGCAAACGGACGGUUAUAAGGGAAAAGAUGAUGGAAAACCAUUAACUGCAUCAAUGAAUCAUGUUUUAGGGAUGAUUUUCGGUUAAAUUGUUGCUCUUUCCUAGCUCCUCUAAAUACAUACAUGUGUAGGUAUUUAGAAUAUUCUCAAAAUUUUAAUGAUUGCUUUAUUGACACUUUGGCAAUCAUUUUUUUCCUUAACACUACAUGCACACUGGAUUGUUCUUAAACUCCUACAGCACUUUUACCCUUAUAAAAAGCACUCAGAAGCUUAAUAAAGGAACACUUAAUGAAACCAUACAAUAAAAAACUAUCAAUGAAAACCACUAGGAAGAUAGAAUAAUCAUGAAAAAACCAUAAAAAGAAUAAGCUAAUAAGUGCCAAACAGAUUUUAUAAAAAGAAAAAAAUAUAUAUGAGAAAUAUUGAAAAAAAUAAACCUGUAUUGAUUAAAAUAAAAAUUACAUACAAUUCUAACAAAAAUGUGGCGCAAUGUUAAAUUAAUUGUGUUUUAGAUGGUUAUAUUUUAAUGCUUUAUAUUUGUGUUGGAUAUGACUUGCGAGAAACAACUUGUAAAAAAUAUAGGAGAUGACAUAUGAUUUGGAAAACAAAAAUAUUGUACAUAUAAAGACGAAGAAUAGGAUGUAACACGAAAUGAUUGUAUUGAGACAGACAAGAGGUGGCAGGAGACGGAUAUAUGAAUAAAAGAAAGUGACAAAAUUAGUAUAAAGGCAUUUUAUCAUUCAACGUCAUUUACUAUCUCCUUAUCCCCGAAAAUCCCUCAAACAAACAGUUGAAAUUUUAUUGCAUGAGGCAUGAGAUUGACGUCAGGAUCAAGGGUAAGGAGUAUCGCAAGAUGGUGAGAUGUAAGGGGAGGAAAAUCAUAGGAAAAAUAUAAAAUGCACAUAUCAAAAUGU